GGUGGUAUCCGUUGAGGAAAUGAGAGGAGCUUAUGCGAUGCAGGUGAGCCAGGGAGCAGCGUUACUCGCUCUGGCGCUGUGUGCAGUCUUCUCGCUAGUGCUGGGCACGGAAGGCAAACGGAAGCUCCAGAUUGGGGUCAAGAAGCGGGUGGACAACUGCCCCAUCAAGUCCUGCAAGGGUGAUUAUACGGGCAAGCUGGAGGAUGGGACAGAGUUCGACAGCAGCCUGACUCGUGAUCAGCCGUUUAUCUUCUCCUUGGGGACUGGACAAGUCAUUAAAGGCUGGGAUCGGGGCCUGCUUGGGAUGUGCGAGGGUGAGAAGAGAAAGCUGGUCAUUCCCUCUGAGCUGGGUUAUGGGGACCGGGGAGCGCCACCCAAAAUCCCAGGUGGCGCAACCUUAAUAUUUGAAGUUGAGCUGCUGAAGAUUGAGCAAAGGCAGGAAUUGUAGCGACAUCUCUUCGGGGGAGGGGGCACACAGGGAGGGGAGGUAAUAUUGAGACGCGACUCAGUAUUUGUUGAUACCGAUGGGCCAAAUAAAAGCACAGACCAGAAAAAAA